GGCUGAGCCCCUUCUCUCGCUGCCAUUCCUCCUCCAGCGCUGCGUGUGCAGCCUCCCGCGGGCACCGCUCCACUGCCCGGUCCCCGGCCGUCCCAGGCGGGCUCCUUCGCCCGCAGCCAUGGCAGAGCAGAGCCAGCAGCAGGAGCAGAAGGAGCCCGAGCGGCCCGCGUACUUCGCAGCCCUGGGCUCGGGCAGCCCCAAGCCCAGGCAGAAAUUCGGGGGCAUGUUCUGCAGCGUGGAAGGAGCCUUUGAAAACAAAACGCUGGACUUGGACGCGCUGAGCGGCGGCGGCAGGAGAGGCGGCCAGACGCCGGAGCGAGGGGCGCUCCGCCAGCUCUCCAGCGACUCCCCAGGGCAGAGCGAGAGCAGCCCUGCUCUCACCCCAGCCGGAGCGGAGCCUUCCCCGCCCGCUGCUGGGGCAGCCGGAGGCGCGCCCGAUGGCUACACUCAGAGUGACCGGCUUCUAAUCAAAGGAGGAAAGAUCGUCAAUGAUGAUCAAUCAUUUUAUGCUGAUAUCUAUGUGGAAGACAGUUUGAUAAAGCAAAUUGGAGAAAAUCUGAUAGUUCCUGGUGGCAUCAAAACUGUUGAUGCCUAUGGCCAGUUGGUUAUGCCAGGAGGAAUAGAUGUCCACACUAGACUACAGAUGCCUGUGAUGGGAAUGACCUCUGCUGAUGACUUUUAUCAAGGCACAAAAGCAGCCCUAGCAGGAGGAACCACCAUGAUACUUGACCAUGUAUUCCCUGACUCUGGAAUGAAUCUGCUUUCUGCAUAUGACCAAUGGAGAGAGUGUGCUGAUAACAAAGCCUGUUGUGAUUAUUCCCUGCAUAUUGACAUCACACGCUGGCAUGAGAGCAUAAAAGAGGAACUGGAAGCUCUAGUGAAAGACAAAGGUGUGAACUCCUUUCUAGUUUUCAUGGCUUAUAAAGACAAGCUCCAGUGCACUGAUGCUCAGAUGUAUGAAAUAUUCAACAUUAUUCGCGACUUGGGUGCCAUUGCCCAAGUGCAUGCUGAAAAUGGAGACAUAAUUGACGAGGAGCAAAAGAGACUGUUGGAACUUGGAAUUACUGGUCCAGAGGGGCAUGUUCUUAGCCACCCAGAGGAGGUUGAAGCAGAGGCAGUGUACCGUGCAAUUACAAUAGCAAAACAAGCCAACUGCCCGUUGUAUGUCACAAAAGUAAUGAGCAAAGGUGCCGCAGAUGUGAUAGCUCAAGCAAAGCGAAAAGGCACAGUUGUGUAUGGAGAGCCAAUUACAGCGAGCCUUGGCACUGAUGGAUCACACUACUGGAGUAAGAAUUGGGCUAAAGCUGCAGCCUUUGUUACAUCCCCACCAGUUAGCCCUGACCCUACUACAGCUGAUUAUCUCACUUCUCUGUUAUCAUGUGGGGAUCUGCAGGUUGCAGGCAGUGCCCACUGCACAUUUACCACCGCACAGAAGGCAGUAGGAAAGGAUAACUUUACCCUUAUUCCAGAGGGAACAAAUGGCAUUGAAGAAAGAAUGUCAAUAAUUUGGGAGAAGUGUGUGGCCUCAGGGAAGAUGGAUGAGAAUGAUUUUGUAGCAGUGACCAGUACAAAUGCAGCCAAAAUCUUUAAUUUUUAUCCCAGGAAGGGACGAAUUGCUGUCGGUUCUGAUGCUGACCUAGUUAUAUGGAAUCCCAAGGCUACAAAAAUUGUCUCAGCAAAAACCCACCAUCUGAAUGUGGAAUAUAAUAUAUUUGAAGGGACAGAGUGUCGUGGUUCCCCUACUGUUGUUAUAAGUCAAGGAAAAGUUGUGCUGGAAGAUGGAAACCUCUUUGUCAUCCAAGGGUCUGGUCGCUUUGUUCCUAGAAAGACAUUCCCUGAUUUUGUUUAUAAAAGAAUAAAGGCAAGAAACAGGCUUGCUGAAAUUCAUGGUGUUCCCAGGGGGCUUUAUGAUGGGCCAGUUCAUGAUGUCAUAGUGACUGCUAAAGCUGCAGCCCCAACUCCUACUUCAAGGAUAGCUCCCUGCUCAGGCAAAAUACCGACUCUUCCUGUCCGUAAUCUGCAUCUGUCAGGAUUCAGCUUGUCUGGAUCUCAAACAGAUGACCAUAUUGCAAGACGCCCUGCUCAAAAAAUCAUCGCACCCCCUGGUGGACGUUCCAAUAUUACAUCUUUGUCAUAAUGAUUCCAAAUGGGAUGUAUUGUAUUCCCUGCCAAUCAGUCUUGGUUUCCACUGGAGCAGGUGAUCUGGGGAACUGCAUUUUUCAACAUCAGUUUCACAUUUACAGAAAAUGUAUAUUAAAAGAUUGCCUUGUUUACACUCACCCAGAACACCUUGCUUUAUGAGCUGGAAGUGGAGCUCUAAGUAGCAAUCUUAACAAUUAAUUAUAGGGCAUAAUGUACACGGGCAGGGCAAGGGGCUUGGGUGGAGUGGACACCAUGGAAAUAUAAAAUUGAUCUGCCAUCAAGCUCAGGAUAAAAUUAACCAUGCGUCAGUUUACCCACCCCCCAUCUUUCUCUGAAUGGAAAAUAGACUAAAAAUACCCAAGAUAAUAGAACUCCCAUCAAGUAUUUUAAAUAUGUUUCUCGCGCAAAUAGAUAUUCAGCAGAUCUUUGACAUGUGCAUGUAAACAAUAAGAAGUUAAUUUAAAAAUGUGUUCAGCAGUGCUGCUGGCCGUCUUGUAAUCAGGACAAAGCUGUAGACAUGUUUUGUGUUUAAUAGGUUCUUUGUUUCCUUUCCAAUAACAACUACUGCCCUUUGUACUCUUAAGGAAUUUUAACUGGUAAACACUCAACUCUGUAUGUUUUUAAUACAGUUAGUUAUAUAUAUCUUGUGGUUGAAAUGAUCAAUAAUCAUAUAUUUAUACUAUCUCAUUGCUCAGGCCUUGAACAUGCCUUGGGAAUCAUUGUCACUCUGUACCAAUGUGACAGCAUGAAUAUAAGAAAUCGAAGUGUGUUCUGAAUGUUCAUGGAGUUAGUUGUCAUAGUGUCAAUAUAGGCAUACUAAUGUAUUGAGCUUUUGGGGUUUUUUUUCAUAGUUGUAUUUCUGGAACACAGAGAUGACAGUGGAAGUCCCAGUGUAUUUUAGUCUUUUUGUUAGAUUUGUUUUUUAAAGAUUAUUUAUACAGUUUUCCAAGUACCUAGCAAAGGCACAUUUGAAGGCCAGUUGCAUCUGAUGAACUCUUUUAUAAAGCUUAAUACAACAGGUUUAUUAUAUUUAAAGCUCUGUACAGUAAAGGUGAUCUUAUAUGCAGUAUCAUUCCAUAAAACUAUGCAUGUAAUGUCAACAAAAUCAUUAUUUGGUUUUUUUGUUCAUUGCUUUCAAUAAAGUUUGUUGGAAAUCACCAAAAUUAUAAAGCCAUUUGAUUAAUCUUUGUCUACUGUCUCCUACCUUAGGCUCUUAUCCAUAGUGAAUCAUCAAACUUAUACACUUUGAGUUUGAUCUGGUUCCCUUUAUCAAAGGAAAGAAGUCUAUUGACUUCAGAGAAUUUGGAUGAGGUCUUGUUUACCAAGGGCUCUAUAAUUAGACUGUUCAUAGUUCCCAAACUAGUUUGAGUGCUUACCUCAAACUCUUUGAGCUGUAAAUCAGGCUGAAAUACUAUAAGCUCAGUCAGUCUUCCCCAUUAGAUUUCUAGUACUUCCUGGUUUCUCCUAGACUAGUGAAAGCCUUGAGAAUGAAAUUUCUUGGACUAUUUCCGUACUUCCAUUUUUAGCCCCAUCUGAAACUAGGAAGUAAAGAUGCACAUAAAAAUUACGUAAAGACAACAGUUCAGGAUUUGCUACAGUGGCAAAGACGUAUGAAAUCUUCCCAUACUUUCAUUUUAGAUUUGUGUUUUGAUAAAAAUUUCAUCUGGAUGUAGCAAAAUUAUAGUCUUUGAAUGGAGUGUUUCAUUGUUUGGAAUUAUUGCUUCAGUUUAUGACCCUAUUGUUAUUUCACUAGUUCAGCUGAAAGAAACUCUUGAGCUAGUAAAUCUUUUACGGGUCUAUUCUUUCCUAUUAAUACAUUUUAGGAAAGUGAAAAAUUUUAGGAGUAAAAAAAUGUGCAGUAAAUAUAAAAACAGCUCUGGGUUUCAGAGUGUACAGGGGAUUAAGCUGGGCCAGAAUAAAGCCCUGUUUUUUCUUCUUCUUCUUCUUCUUCUUCUUCUUCAUAAAAAUGACUUUAAGUCUUCAGAAACUAUAGACACCAAGUACUUGAAAAAACAAAAUGAUCUUUCCCAGAGGUGUAGUUAUCUCAGCUCACAGCCUUCUAGCCAACCAUUCGCAAACACGUUGGCUAGAAUGCCAAACUUCAUUAGAGCACUGAAAAAGAUAAGAGCUUUGAAACCUCCACCUGCCACACAGAUAAGUGAUGAGGCUAUAAGAUGUUGCUGUAACUGUACCUUUUUCAUUUCCAUAUGGGUUUUCUGUACCAUACACUCAUACUCCAUUGAUUCACGAUAGGCAAACCUCAAAAGAAUGGCUCGUGAAAUUGCUAGUAAUUCCUAGCUUUGGUAGAGCUUCUGUUCCCGUAUGUCAAUGUAUUGCAUAAGUUCCAGAAUCCAAAAAUUCUGAAGUUUCUGCAUUUUUUUAACUUCAUAAUAGAUUUUGGGCCUGUAGGUUUUGGACAAUGACUGAGGCCAGUACUUUUUGUAAUGGACUAUUUUAUCCAUCCUUAUGCUGAAAUACCAUAGUGAUGAGCUGCAGUAUAAAACCCUAAGAUAGAUACAACUGGUAGCGACAGAAUGAGUUCCUUUCAAUGAAUUCAGCGUUUGGAAUAAUUGUUGAGAAUUUUUGUUGCUCUUGUAAAGAAUUUUGAGCGCUGGAUAGCGUGUCAGUUGGGGGACACACUCCUUUAAUUGCAUUUAGAGCUUCUAAAACCCCCAGACAUUGUCAAAACUUAUGCAAUAGUUCUGUCUUAUUUACAGAUGUGAUGAUCAUCCCUCUUCAAGCUGUCUCAGACUGGGUUCCCAGUAAUUGAAGCACUCAAUAAUACAAGUCAUUUGUGAAAAUCUAGGCUGCAUCAAGCCCACAUGAAAUUAUACUCCGUUCAGGUCAACCUUCAAUUUCAUUUUAUAUUAUAUUUCAAUAUUAUAUUGGUGCACCUGUGCCAAGGCUUGAUUUUUAAAUGUAUUUAUCUGUUUUCCAACAAAAUUUAUGAAGUUAUGACAUUGGAUACCUGUGAUGGAAUAUGAAAGACACAAAGCUAAAUUCUGCUAGUAUAAAGAAGGCAAUUGGAGUUUUGGUUAAUUGUGAAAGUUAGGCCAUGAGUCAGCAAGCACUUAACUUCAAGCAUGUGCUUCAGGCCCACUGAAGUGAAUAAGAGUCAAGACCCAGUACACAAUGAGAUUACUGGACAUAGAAAAAUAUCUGAGGUGCUCUGAAAUGUUGUAAGGAUCUCCAAGCAUGUAAGAUCCAUGUAGCUACUCAAGUGCAGAGAGAGGGGCAUGAUGUUACAUUUGUCACAGGAGGAAAAGCAGCAAAUACAUUUGGGGAGUUUUAACCUUCUGAAUAAACAAAGUCUGAUUUAUGAAAAUCUAUUAUCCCUCACCAUUUACUUUUCAGUGGAUGAAACUUUGGGCCUAGCUAAAGACCAAGAAUAUCAUGAUGAGGGAUUUGAACAAAGCUGAGUGAUGGUAUAAUAACAGGCUGAGGCUAAGAGAAUCUCACUGAGAAAUUAGGUCAUUUUUGCCAUCCAAGGGCACUAAUAAAUAUUCUGUCACAAUGAACGUAUCGUAUAUGAGGGAGUGUAGACUAAUGGAGGAUGACAGGUUGUCUGGGUUCUAAAAGUCUUUGGAUAAAAGCCCUCACUUGUGAAAAUGUAGAUGCUCCUAAAAUCAACCUCCAAGUACCUCUGUUUUGCCAGCAGCCCCGCUGGCCUGAUAAUCUAUAUAUUACUCUUCUUGAAAGACGUUAUCUAUGAAUUGCCAACAAAUCAGUUUUUUUAGCACAGAAAUUUUCAAAAGCACAAAAGUAAUCAUCAUGAUAUAGUAUCAGAGGGGUAGC